GGAAUGGGGCCCCCAGCUCCUAUUGGGGGCGGCGACCCUGGCGCCACCCCUUAGACAAAAUCCCAGUCUCCCAGAGGCUUUUACCAGCUGGCCCCAUUCCUUCUGCUGCUGGGUAUAAUAAGGCAUCUCUGUCUGGGCCAGGGUCCUCUCAACGCUGAAGUACCUGUGAAACACAGCCCAGAGGAAUUCUCAUUGGUCCUACGGGCUUUGUCUUCCUCUCUGCCCCGCCCAGAUAAUCGCUGCUGCCCCUCCACUCCCAAGAUGCAGCUGUGAUUCUUCAUCCCCACACAUCCUUCAUCAAUGGUUGACUGCAAAGAAGUCAGAAGCCAAGCUUAGGUUCAUGCUCAUGCCUGAACACCCCGAGAGCCCGGUGCUGGAGGGCUGGGUGUCCCCUUGGCCUGCCACCAGCACCUGCGCCCACACCAGGCUGGAGCCACGCUCUGUGCACAGAAGGUGACCUUGAUUUCUCAGGCACAGCUGACCUCAGAGAUACUGGUCCUGACUCUGCCAAGUCUCUCAUCCCUAGUCUUGUUGCCCCAGUUUCUUCUGGAUUCAAGGCGAUGUUGCCUCAAAACAAGGACCAGGUGCUGCCACAGACCUCAGUGCUCCCUGGGCGCUCCACUUGGGGCUUCUCACAACUUGUGGACUCCUCUCCUCACAACCUGCAGCCUCUCUCUCCCCAUCAGUCUCUCCCUCCCUCUCACCCAACAUUCUCUUCCAUUCGGUCCCAUCGUCCCUCCUCCCCUCCACCAGCAUCCCCCUCUCCUGGCUUCCAAUUCGGCUCUUGUGACUCAAAUUCUGACUUUGCUCCACAUCCCUAUUCUCCCUCUCUCCCAAGUUCCCCUACUUUCUUUCACCAGAACUACCUCUCUCUCCCCCAUCCACGUGCAUCCUCUCCCUCCAACAACUGGCUGUACCCCUCUCCCCCUCUGACUCCUUCCUUUUCUCCCUCCCAGCCUCAGAACUCCUCCCUUCCCCACUCACCCUGCCAGUCCCCUUCCCACCCCAAGGACCUGCAUAGCUCCACGCUCACUCCCCCAGGCCCCAGCCCACCUUCUCAUAGGCUCCACUCUAACAGGCAGACACAGCGCUGGCAUCAGUACAGGGACACCGGGUCCGGGUCCCCUGGAGUAGUGGAGAGAUGCAUGCCAAGCGAGAAGGAUCCUGCACAGUUCAGGGACCCAGGGGCCCUGGCCCAGGCCCUGGUGGUCCAGCUGGGGCACCGCCGCAUCGCACACGACCUGCGGCUACUGCUUUUGCAGCACCUGUGGCUAGGCAGAACCGGCCAGGCCCCAGUCGUGGAGUAUCCUAUAUGCCUGGUGUGUCUCCGGCCCCGCAGCCCCUCCUGCCCCCUCCCCAGGUACAGGACUGGACCCCAGCUGCUUGCUUUCCCUCAACUACUGCCCUGUGUGCAGGGCCAGGAAUCUGGGCCACUCCGGAUAGGCAUCGGCUUCGGCCUCCGUCUGCCUCAGGGCCAGGCCAGGGCCUUGCAUCUGCUGCCCGAAAAAAGGCCGAAGGAAGUAGGACCUCAGGGCAAGGCUACUCAGGCCUGUGGGCAUCAAUCGCCAGCAUCUCAGCCUCCAGCAGCUCAGGCCCCGGCCGACCCAGUCCCAGGCACACCCUCCCAAACCAGGAGCUUCAGGUCUGCAGGCCUUCAAUCACCAAACUCCCCACGAUGUUUCUCCGGGCCUCCACCUCGGGCACCAAAACAGGCCACUACCUCCCUGAAGCCCAGGCCUUGACCUGCCCCAAAGAGGCCAGUUUCUCUGGAGCUCAUUCUCCAAAAGUCAUCAGUCUAGUUCCAGAGCCACGGAGGCCCCCUGGAACACCCCCUCCAAACCCAACCCUCCCAACGAGGCCCCAGAUCUCGGGGAAUCCCCGAGACACCCUGAAGGGCUGGCUGGCCGGAGGUCAGGUGUGUUCUCCUGCUCUGAACCCUGGGAGCCCCUUGUGGAGUCUGCUGUCUCCGGGCUAAAGAGGACCAAGAGCACCAAGGCCCCAUUCAGCCCUCCGUGGAUCUAAUAAAGUCUAACCCUGUGAAA